UGCAGCCGCGCUGGAUGCACGAGCCCGGCCGGGCGCUGUUCGGGUACUUGCAUGGGGGAAGCGCCCGCGCACCAUUGUCGCCAGCCGCCAGCCGCCGCCCUCCUCCUCCUCCUCUGCCCGGCAAGAUGAUGAAGUUUCGGUUCCGCCGGCAGGGCCACGACCCCCAGCGGGAAAAGAUCAAGCAGGAGCUUUUCGCCUUCAACAAGACGGUCGAGCAUGGCUUUCCGAAUCAGCCAAGUUCCCUGGCCUUCGACCCCAAGCUUCGAAUUAUGGCCAUUGGCACCAAAUCUGGAGCGGUAAAAAUAUAUGGCGCCCCCGGUGUUGAGUUUACAGGUUUGCACAGGGAGACAGCUACCGUCACUCAGAUGCACUUCCUACCUGAGCAGGGCCGGUUGCUCUCUCUUCUGGAUGACAACACCCUUCACUUGUGGGAGAUCUAUCAAAGAGAUGGCUACUCCCACUUGGAAGAGACCCGCAGCUUCAUCCUCCCAGGACGUCCAGGGUUCGACAGCACUAACUCCCCUCCCAGCAUUACCCGUGUAACAGUGAUCCUGCUGAUGUCUACCUGUGAUGUUGCGUGCCUUGGGACAGAAGGGGGUGGCAUCUACUUCCUGGAGCUCCCUGGUUUGACCCUUCUGGAGGACAAAUCUCUGUACCAAGAUGAGAUCAUGCAGGGUGUACCAGAAGACUAUAGAUGCGGGAAGGCUCUGGGCCCAGUGGAGUCGCUCCAGGAACACCCACAAAACCCAUCCAAAAUACUAAUCGGCUUCAGCAGGGGCCUCAUGGUUCUGUGGAAUAAAAGCACCAGAGAUGUAGAGCACCUCUUCCUCGGCAACCAGCAACUGGAAAGCGUCAGCUGGGAGCGGAGUGGCCGGACCGUUGUGAGCUCUCACAGUGAUGGUGGAUAUGCGGUCUGGUCGGUGACGGAGGACUCCCCUAAGUCCAUCCAGCCGGUCACCUCUACUAUCCCUUAUGGUCCCUUCCCAUGCAAAGCUAUCAACAAGAUUGUGUGGCAGACGUGCGAGUCGGGGGGUCACUUCAUCAUUUUCAGUGGUGGGAUGCCCCGGGCCAGCUACGGGGACCGGCACUGCAUCACCAUCCUGCACGGACAGACGCUGGUCACCUUGGACUUCACUUCACGUGUGAUUGACUUCUUCACGGUGUACAACACAGAGGUAGAGGAGGAGUUUGACAACCCAACUGCUUUGGUGGCUCUUGUGGAGGAGGAGUUGGUUGUGGUUGACCUGCAGAUGCCGGGCUGGCCCACGAUCCCUGCCCCCUAUCUGGCCCCCCUCCAUUCUUCCGCCAUCACCUGCUCUUACCACAUCUCCAAUGUCCCCCUCAAGCUGUGGGAAAGGAUUAUCAGCGCAGGAGAGCAGCAGAGCCCCCGGCUCUCCUCCGGGAACUGGCCCAUCAGUGGAGGGAGAAAUCUGGCACAAGAACCCACGCAGAGAGGGCUUCUCUUGACAGGACAUGAGGAUGGGACAGUCCGCUUCUGGGAUGCCUCAGGAGUGUCCCUCAAGCCCCUAUACAAGCUGGGCACAGCCCACAUUUUUCAGACCGACUGUGAGCACAAUGACAGUUUGAACCAGUCUGGAGAUGAAGAAUGGCCUCCAUUCCGGAAGGUUGGUUGUUUUGACCCCUACAGCGAUGACCCCCGACUGGGAAUUCAGAAGAUCGUUCUCUGCAAAUACACAGCAAAGAUGGUGGUGGCUGGCACGGCAGGGCAGGUGCUGGUCAUGGAACUGAAUGACGAGAAGUCCGAGCAUCUGAUCAAUGUUGCUGUGGUGGACCUCCUUCAGGACCGUGAGGGCUUCACCUGGAAGGGCCACGACCGGCUCACUCCCAAGAAUGGCUCCCUCCCCUUCACCCAGGGCUUCCAGCCCACCACCCUUGUGCAGUGCAUGCCCCCCGCAGCUGUCACCGCCAUCACGCUGCACUCAGAGUGGAACCUGGUCGCUUUUGGGACCAGUCACGGCUUUGGACUGUACGAUUACUAUCGGCGGAACCCUGUGUUGGCCAGAUGCACGUUGCAUCCCAAUGACUCCCUGGCCAUGGAAGGGCCCCUGUCCCGGGUGAAGUCGUUGAAGAAGUCUCUGCGCCAGUCCUUCCGCAGGAUCCGCAAGAGCAGGGUCUCUGGCAAGAAGAGGGUUAAUACCAGUAGUCCCUCCAGCAAGGUUCAGGAAGCCAAUGCUCAGCUAGCUGAACAGGCAGGCCCCCAUGAGGUGGAGAUGACUCCUGUGCAGCGGCGGAUCGAGCCCCGGUCGCCUGAUGACUCUCUUUCGGGCGUCGUCCGAUGUCUCUGCUUUGCAGACACCUUCCUUCGAGACGCAGCGCACCAUGGGCCCACCAUGUGGGCCGGCACCAACUCUGGCUCGGUGUUCGCUUAUGCCCUGGAAGUCCCAUCGCAAGAGAAGUUUUCAGAGCGUUCUGUGGAGGCAGUCUUGGGCAAAGAGAUCCAGCUGAUGCACAGGGCGCCGGUGGUGUCAAUCGCUGUCCUCGAUGGGCGGGGGAACCCUUUGCCAGAGCCGUAUGAGGUCUCUCGGGACUUGGCCAAAGCCCCUGACAUGCAGGGUAGCCAUUCAGUGCUCAUUGCUUCUGAGGAGCAGUUCAAGGUAUUCACGCUCCCUAAAGUUAGUGCCAAAACUAAGUUCAAGCUCACAGCUCACGAAGGUUGCCGGGUGCGGAAGGUGGCACUGGUGAACUUUGCCAGCGUGGUAUGCGAGGACUAUGCAGAGAACUGCCUGGCGUGCCUCACCAACCUGGGGGACAUCCACGUCUUCACGGUUCCUGGUCUGCGGCCACAGGUGCAUUACGACUGCAUCCGCAAGGAGGAUAUCAGUGGGAUCGCCUCCUGUGUGUUCACCAAACACGGGCAAGGCUUCUAUCUGAUCUCUCCAUCCGAGUUUGAGCGCUUCUCCAUGAGCACCAGGAAUAUCACAGAACCGCUGUGUUUGCUGGAUUUGAGCAAUGCCCACGACAUUACCUGCCUUGGGAGUAAUUUCACUGCAACGCCAAAAUUGAACCAGGCCAAUGGGACCCAUGCCCUGCAAGGAUCGGAAGCGAACCAUUCUCCAGCAAGCAAUGAUCGGACCCCCGAUGAGCAAGAAGCAUCCUUCUCCCCAACACCAGUUGACUCUCCGAAUAACAGCAUAGACACCCCCUUGGAUACUACUGGGGAAAUCACAGCAGAGGAAGUGAAGGACUACUUGGUACCCUCAGAAGAAGCUGAGAGAAAUAUGAGGAACAUGACUGAAGAUGAGGCCCGAUCCCCGGGGAUUCUGAUAAAAUGAGGGACUGCAGGCAGUGCUUGGACCCCCCCCCCCCCCAUCAUGGACAUAAGACUGGACUUGUUCGGAUCUGGGCUGUUGGCCAAACCUCUCCCCCCACCUUCUGAUCACCAUCCUCUGCAACCUUUUUUUCCCAUCAAGAGUUGUUAUGGUUUUUCUAACACCUGGACUGAAAACAAGACACCUGAAUCUUCCUUGUUACUUCUCAUCUUUAAAGAAAAAAGUGUGCCAUUGUCUACAGGACCAAGUUUUUCUCUUCUCUUCCAUUACAGAAACACUAAAAUUCUUAAUUUUUAACAAAUGCAAAAAACUGACGCAUGGGGAGAGGGAGCGUAUGGUGUGUUGAGAGGGGGAAUUGUGGGUAGUAUCUAAAUCCCAUGGAGAUGGCAUCAGCUUCUCAGCAAAGCAUCAGCAUCAAACUUUGGGGGGGAGGGGCUUUUUAAAAAAUAGUCCCUUGAUGGUUUUCUUUUCGCUGCCUGAUACACCGGACAACUCCCUGACGCCACCUCAAUCCGGCUGGUGGACGUUAAUUUUGCUGGCUGAUCCAUUGCUCGUGAAAAUGUUUACAUACUUGCAGAUUCUCCUGCCUGUUUUCUAACUGCUUAACCCCUCCUUUACCCUUCCCUCUGAGAUCGAUCUCCCUUUCUAACUUGGCUGCCUGAGAAAAUCAACAGAAGUGACCCAGGCCUUCUGCUCACCUGUGACUAGUGGAAACUCCUUGGUCAGGACCUGACUUGAAGAGAAAUGCUUUUCUAACCUUUCCUUUCCCCCCACCCCUUAAUACUAGUUUGGAGAGACUGCUUGUUGAUUGGUUGUGUGUGUGUGUGUGUGUGUGUGUGUGUGUGAGCAUGUUGGAAGUGGUACAACUGGGUGGUAGGUUUUGAGCAAGAUGUGACUGAUUUGCACAAUACCCAUCAAUCGCACUGGAUAAGAUCUCCCUCGGUUGUGGCGGGCGUUCAGACCAGCCUUCCAGGUAGCAGCUAAGACUUCCAUGUCCCUGAGAGCGUCAUGCCGAGGAACGUUCUCCCUCUGCUCAACUGCCUUUGGUCUUCUGCAUCCAUGAAUUUUUAAGGGGAGUUUGAAGGAGGUGUGUGAGAAUGCGGAAGCGUGCACCUUCUGAAACCUGGUACAGGGUAGCGGACAUUCUCAAGUCCUCUUCACCAUUUUAGUGGCUUCUGAGUAAAACUCAAAACAAUUCUUGGGUGGUUUGGUUAACUUAUUAAGGGUGACAGGGUGGCCUCCUUCCAAAAAUCACCAGGCUGUUUUGGAGAAGAGGUUUCUGUCUUCACUAGUAUCCUUCACAGUGCAGAACCCUGCAGAAGGUCCAGAAUUUUUCUGUCUACAAGAGUAGUAGUUUCUGCAUAGCUUUCUGUGGUUGAUUUUCUUGUCCGGGGGCGGGGGGGGGAUUCAUCUGGAAUUAGGAACCCAUGUCCAGCUUCCCUCCAGCACUGACACUCUUAUACUCUUUUCCUGCACUAGGGUUUGGAGGUUAAAGUGGGGCAGGCACCUUAUUUGAGGACCACCUCUUGGAUCUCCACCUUCUGUGGAGGGCUCUCUGUUGGAUAGCCACUAUUCUGUCUAGUGGAAAAAGCUGGCAUCUCACUUGAAAAAGGUGGGGUGGAGCCCUGCUGUGGGCUCUCCCUCCCACUUCAUUGGGGCUCAGAUCUUGAGCUGUCUUCACAGUUCUUUGGGAACAUUACCUUGCUAGCCAGUGUCAUAAUCUGGCAAGCCAAAAAGUUUCCACCCAAUGGCUGCGUAGCUUGUGGGUCAGGUGGAAAGAUUCCACUGGCCAAGCGUUUGGUCCUUAAGGCUGUCAUUUGCCUACUUCCAGAUUUAAGGACUUGAAUGGAAGCUGUGGGGUUUGUUCAGGAUAGUUUGAAGGCCUUCCAUGGCUGCUUUGCACAAUACAAUGCUUUCUCUUUAAAUUUCCCCACCCUAACAUCUCAGUGCACUAGUCUGCCACAGCCUGUCCUUUCUCUGUCAGCUCCCUUGCCUUGUCCUGAAUCUAGACAUUCUGUAGCAACUUCUCAAGGAUGUUUUGGAGGGCUUGAUCAAGAUACUUAAUCAGAACCUCUAAACUGCUCCUCAGAUAAGCUAGGAUUUGUUCUCUAAGUUGGCUCGAGUCCCAGUUAAUACGAAUACCACAGCAGCAGAAGAUGGGAGGGGGUGUCUUAAAAACAGACCUUUUCUUCCAUUGGAAGUUGAUUUCCUUUGUAACUCACUUGGCUGCUUAUGCAUUUCCCACCAAGUGGAGAUCCAUUCUGUUGUGGGUUUUUCCACCAGUGAUUUUGCCUCUGCUUAGUGCAAGAAGGGAGUUGACUGUGCCACAACUUGGCCUUUCCCCCCAUUGCUUCUCCCUCCCCCUUUAUUUUCUGCCCUUCUUCUAAACCUUCAAUUGCCACUUUCUCAUGGCACUUCUUGCACCAAAAAAUAAAGCCAGAUAUUAAAUGGUGUAACAUUUUGGCACUGGUACAGCUUCUGGAGUCAUUGUUGUCAUUUGGGGCAGGUUUUGUUCCCCCUUGCCAAGACUUCUUGUGCCAAGACAAGUUUGGGAUGCCCCUGGACAGUAUAUUUAGGGAGAGAACAGUAGGAAGGGUGGCAAUACCUUUUCAGGUGUUGAGCAGUUACUGAGGCUUCAAUAGAAAUUCCUUGCAAGGAUACUUUGGUACGACUUGAUUCCUUGUGUGUUUGUGUGUGUGGAUGGUUCGUGUGUGAAUGAAUGAUGGGAGAAUUCCAUAGCUGAAAUGUGCCAUUGUGUGUCUUGAGUUUUUUCCCCCUUUUCGGCCAGACUUAAUUGUGGAUAGGAGGGAGGGAAGGGUUAGUUUCCCGGGUAGAAUGCACCCUCUGGGAUUUUUUUUGUCCAGAUCAUGACAGAUUUAGCAUUGUUUAGUUAUUAAUACUGGUUUUUAAUAAUGGAAAAAUAAAGCAUUUAAUAUCUAAAGUCCAUCUUGAUGGCUUUCUGGGAUGUGGGAUUUUGCAUGGUGUUUGCGUCUCCUUUUAAAACUUUCU